CAUAUAUAACAUAACCUCAAAUAACGAAAAAUUGUUUCUUUUCUGUUCAACAUGUCUUUAAAUGAUGAAAUAAUUAGAACAAAGUCUUAUUUUCAAAACUUACACAUUCCUUUAUCCGACGAAUGGUUAGGAUGUUGUAUAAAAUGGUUGAAAGAGGAGAAAUCAAGUUAUACAGAAAACGAAUUCAAAUCAGCCAUUUACGAUCAAUGGUUAAUUUUCGAUUUACGUAAAGUAAAAGUACCCCAAUUACCACCGGACGUGACAAAGAUCGAAAAAUUAAUUACCAAAAAACCGCUGGUAUUACAAAUGAUGUCAAUUAUAGAUAUUUCCAAAUCACAAUUACAACAACUUAACCAAAUUAGAAACUAUCAUGCUUUAACGAGAGGUUUUGAUGAAGAUGAGAAUGCUCAAAACAAGGUUACUAAUAAUAAAGGUGUACUACAAAUGGUUUUAACUGAUGGUGUUCAAGAAAUUAAAGCAUUCGAAUAUAAACCUGUUGAUAGUUUAAAUUUGAAUUUAUCCCCAGGAAUUAAAAUAUUUAUUAAUCAUCCUGUGACUAUAAGAAAAGGUACAAUUAUGCUUGAAAAUCAUCAUGUACAAUUGCUUGGAGGUGAAGUCGAAGAAAUUUUAGUUUCAAAUGCUGCAGAAAAUGUGCUAGCACAAUCAUUAAAAUUGCCCAUAAAUCCUAAACCAAGAUUUAUUAAUAAUCGAAUUGCAAUAAAUCAAUUAAUAACAACCAUAGAACCAAACUUAAUGGAAUCAACAUCGAAUAUAAGCAAUGUACAAAAUAAUUUUGCAAAUAAUUCUAUAAAUAGUGAGGUUAACUUCAAUAAAAAUGAUAAAAAGCCACUAGAAGUAACUCCGAAUCAAAUAAAAUCAGUUUCAAAUAAAAAAAUUACACAAACUAAUACCUCUAAUGAUAUCACUAUAAAAAGUGACGCAAAAACAACUGAUUACAAUGAAAUGGAUGAUUUAUUAUCUGAUGAAAUUGAUGAAUUAUUAGAAAUAGAACAAGAAUUAUUACAAGAAACCAAAAUUAAAACCAAAUCAAACGAAAAUUUGAAAUUGCAAAAUGAUCUCAGUGUUCAAUUACAAAUUUCUGAUUUAACCGAUGAAUUUUUUACCCCCUGGAACAAUGAAAAUGAAGAUAAAAUUUAUACAUUACCCGAAUUAAAACAAUUAAUUGCCAUGAAUCGACAUGGAACUUUCAAAACCUUUGCUAAAUUUAAAUCGGUCGUAAAAAAAUUAACCGUGGCAGAUUCAGUAGGUUGGGUUCUCCAAAUUAAAAUUGAAGCGGAAAAUGAAGAGUUAAAUGUAAAUGUUCAUGAUUCUGUUGUAACUGAAUUAGUGGGAAAUUCAUCCCAGGAAAUGUUAGAGAUGAAAAAACGUGUUCAAAUGAAGGAUAAAGAAGCUACAAGUAAUGUUAUGAAGGCACUUGAAAAUCUACGCGUAAAACUCCAAGACUUAAAUUCUAUGAUGGAAAUUGAAUAUAAAGGGGAUGAGGAAGACAAUGUUCCUUUUAUUGUUAGGAUUUUCUAAAGUAAAGAUAAGUUUAUCUUGCUUAAUACAGAAUGUAUUUUAGUUAUUAAGUAUUAAGUCUGAAUUGUUUAUAAAUUUGUUAAUCAAUUAAUUAAAAUAUAUAUUCUUUUUAUUGUUAUAAUUAUCUAAAGUAAGAUGAGGUAAGUUUAUCUCGAAUGUAUUUUAGUUAUUAAGACUGAAUUGUUUAUAAUUUUGUUAAUCAAAUACAGUGAUACAUUAAAA